AUGAGCACCAUGACCACCCCAUACGAUGUCUUCUUCACCAUCUACAACGGAAUGGACAAGCCUCUGCCCAAUGGAACGGUAAACCCCACUUCCGGAACCCUUGUUGGACAGCUGCCAUCCUCGGUGCUGGUAGAGUUGUCUUCCAACUCAAUCCACAUCAGCGCCGGUAAGGUUCGCCCUUCUGUUCAUGGCGAUGCGGGUGCAGUGGGGGAGGCCACCUAUCUUUAUGGCUUGGAUCCGAUGACAUUCAAGUUCCAGCGCACCGCUUCCGAAUACUCGGCUUUGGGACACCCCGAUGCCAUAAUGGUCGAAAUCUCGAGAUAUAACCCAUUGAUCGGUCAGUCAUUCGCAUUGAAGUUCUACGCGGUGAUUACUCCUCGCUGGCGUGUACUACAGUCACUUACACUGUCAAUCCGACAUGAGUGA